AUCGAGUGUAAAGUUCAGUGUACGUUAAAAACCUAUUACCUACGUCAACUAGCGCGUUGCCAAAGCCUUUAGGCUUUAUUUUUUAGGACUUGUAUUAUUUUCAAGUGCAUCAUUAUCAUACCAGCAGAUGCCUCAAUGGAUGAACAAAACGUUCUUCCAACUGAUGAAUCACCUUCUGUUUUUGGUGAAGAAUGCUCCUCGGUAGCUGAUGGAGAUCAGUCGGUACAGUCACAUUUUGAUGAAUCCGUAGACAGUGGAUACGAGGCUUCACCGGCCGGCAACAAUUGUCAAGAAAUAUUCAGUUUUAAUAUGGACGUUUCAACAGAGACAUUGCAUGAUGAUAUGCGUUUAUGUUGUUCAUUUGUGAACGAUCAAUGGUCAGAAAUUGAAGAACGUGUAGAAACUAGCUCCAAUAAACUCGGACCUUGUGGACAAAGUGAUCAAACUUGUGCCUGUGCUUAUAGGAAAGAACAAAAUUGUUUCUCUUCGUGUUCUUGUAGCUGUCAUUCAAUCACUAUAGAAAAAACACAGGAUCAAGAGUCUCCUAGUGAUGCAAGACCAUUUGUUCCAUUCUUCAUACGUCCUCGCGCCUCUAGAAGAGGUCUUGAAACCAGAGAUGUUUUGUGGUCAUCCGAAGUAGUAACACUUCCCAAUUACUACCAUUUUGACCGUAGUCCACGCUUCCGCCUGUAUUCUUUUUUUGGUCAGCCUGUUUCAAUUCUUCGCACUACUCUUCAGUCCAAUCGACUUCAAACCAAUUCCGUCCAAAACCAGCGUUUCUGUGCUCUCGGUACAGGAUCGCAUUCAUCCGCCGGGAACUACACUGUUUCGGUGGCAACGCAGACAACGUUCGAGAUUACACACAAUGAAGGUUACUUAUUUAAUUCUGCUGGGUCAUCAGAUGGUAAUAGAGUUUCCCAGAAUCAGGACAGUGAUUUAUCUUUAAUACUUCUCAAUACCUCUUCCAACCAAGCUCUUCCAGAUGUGGUCCAAACGCCAUCUUCUCGUCUUUUGUCGAAUACCUUGGUGGAGUUGCCGUUUGAAGCAUGGAUACACGAAACCGGGUCCAUUCUACGAGAAAUCAGUGCAGAAUUUGAACAAAACUGGAAUCAGGGAGUGUGCGAGGGAAAUGGCGUCUUUCGUUAUUGGUUGAACCGUAUCUUCUCCUGGCUACAAAGAAACCAAAGAUUAGAAACAGUUAGAUGUUGGCAUCGAUAUUACUCCAGUGGUGACAGAUCACGUCUGGACAUGUGACCUAUGAACUAUUCUAAAUAUAUAUUAAAUCUAUUAACUGAUAAGCAGGAAAGGCUACAGUACAUUCUUUAUUGAAAAUCGAAUUUACAGCUGAAUGGUUCAUUGCUCAAAUUUUGUGACAAUUUGCCACGUUUUACAUCCCAGGCAUAUCCUGGAAGACUACAUUUCACACGUUAAAAUAAACUAUCGAACUCCGUUCUCAAGCCCGAUGUGUGGUUCUGUUCACCACGAAGAUGUUGUGUUUGCAGCAUAUACAAGUUUGUCAAAGACACUCUAUUCUUUAUUUGCCGGACAAAUGAAUCAUUUAUUCACAGCUACAUGAUAGCUGUGCGAUAUAAAUGGAACUGAAAGAAAGACGAGGAGCAAUUUAUACACGUAUUAGAAACAAUUUAAUCUCCAGUAAGAGUUCUGCAAAGUAGUGACGCUAUAGUCGUUUUUAUGGAAAAGUACUACCAAAUCACUUUAAUGCGGCAUUUGGUCUCAGUUUCAGACAUGUUUGUUAUUUCACUCAAGCCAAAGUAUUGUAUUUAUUGUAUACAGUGUUACAUUGGUAAUUACUCUUGGGGUGUUCACUCAGAUGUUAAAUGUUUUAUAAGUAUGAUAUUAGUGGUGUUUGAAGAUAAAGACAUGUUGGUUUUUGCAAUAAAAGUAAGGAAUUAUCUAUUUAAUAAAUUGCGGCUUCUAAAUUCUCAGUC